AUGUCCACCCUCAUCUGGCCUCCCAUUGCGACGCAAGACCUCCUCAAGGAGCAGGAGAGCGCUCUCGAGCGCGAGCUCCAAUGGCUACUGACCCACGUCCAGGACACCUUGCGAUCCCUCAAGGAAGGCCUGGACGACUGCGCCGAUUUGCUUGCUCCAAAAGAGCCGGGGUCGACACUCGUGCUGUCAUCACUGCGCUCCGAGAAUCUCAAGGGCUUUAUCUCGAGGGUGGGUACGCGCAUUGUGAAAGGCGACAUCCAGCUGCGGAUUCCAUCACUGCCUCCACCAAAAGGCCAGAACAGCUAUCGACUGUCUCUGUCGACUCUGCCAACUGCGCCAACGCUCGUACUCGACCAGCUCACCACUACGCGUACACUGAUCAACGCUUGCCUUGACGUAGUAGAUGCAACCAGAUGGACAGGCGACAGCAGCAACGCCAACUUCAUUUCCGGCCAGCUCAAGCUUCUGCACGACAACAUCCAGGACGCCAAGUCUGCGCUGAAAGGCUGGACCGACUCUCAGAAGCCAUGGCAUGAGACGCCAGUCGACGAGAACGCCUUCGAUCCUCCUCUGCCCGCGAAUGUCUCUUUUCACCUCUCCAUCUCAGAAGCAGCCGUCCUGCUCAACGUUCGCACGCUCGAAGUUGCAUCCCCAAAUACCGGUACGAAUACACCGCUGUCACUUACGCAAAACUCGGGCGCACAGUCGUACAGCGGCCUUUCACUGAGAGAAAGACUGGCGAGUGCUCUUGGGGGUGGUAGACAGGCCUUGCACGAUGAGGCGCACGAGGUGUUCAUGUACAAGGGCCAAGAAGUGCGAGUGCGAGACAAGGUGAGAGUGGAGAGUCAAGAUCCCAGCCUGAUGGCUGCCAUGGCCAAACUGGGUGCUCUCGAGAGGAAUGUUGCCUUGUCCCGGCGCGCGCUGGACGUCGUUAUGGGCAAGGAGCAAGAAGAGGGUUGA